AUGCAAAUUGCGGCUGAGUGGCUGAACCCUAAAAAGAAGAAACCUAAAAGUCAAUCACGUUGUAGCUAUCAUGCACUCCGCAAUAACUUCUCCGUCAUCAUCUUCUGGAUCGUCUUCGUCAUCAUCAACGUUGGGCUGGCAGCAUGGGGUGCGUACGAAGGCUAUCGUAGCGUCAAUGAUGAGAGGCAUCCAGCGGCAAUAAUCAUCGCCAGAAGUGCAGGUCGCUGUCUUAGUUUCGAAUGUUGUUUUGUCCUGGUCCUGAUGCUUCGGAAGCUGCUGACGAUAUUACGUAAUACGUUCCUGAUGUCGGUACUCCCUCUCGAUCAGCAUGUCAUAAUCCACAAGAUUGUUGCCAUCUUCAUCAUCAUCUUGUCUGUUAUCCAUACAGCCGGUCAUAUUGCAAAUAUCGGUGAGACAGUAGAGAAUGUAAAUGGCACAACAGCUGCAUGGAUUCGUAAUGUCCUGGUCCGACCUUUUCCCGGUCUUGGCCUUGUUGAAGGUUCUUGUAUCAUCACUGGUAUUUUGAUCAUCAUCGUACUCAUCAUUAUGACGAUCUGCUCAUUACCCUUUAUCAGGAGGAACGGAUACUUCAAAGUGAGCUUUUAA